CUCCCAGCUCUCCCAGCCUCCGCACUGGGAGCGAAACAAUCCGUAUGCGCGCUGCCCGCUCCUCCUGCCUCUCCUGCACUCGCAGCGCCCUGAUUCCACUUCAGAGCUUACGUCCGCUCUCUGUUCCUGAUUUUCUGGCACCGGCGCUGGCUCGCCAGCUGUUCCGUCCCCCAUCGGCAAGUCGACGAGCAGACCGUGUACAGGCGCACCACCCUGAACUUCGGCGCCCUGGUAGACCGGCGCUGCCGUCAACGCGUAUUCCUCUGCCCACACUGACAAGCCGAAAGGAUAUCGGCGCAUGGAUAUCUGCCCUCGACCCUUUCCUCCCACCGCAUCUCCAGCAGUCGCCGGACCCUUCUUCGGACACAGAGCAGCGCACAACUGCGAUUGACUUUGCCUGCUUGCUGCUGGAUGCACAACAAGCUUCGGACGACCUUCUGGGUUAUCUAGGCUGGGUAGAGCAGCGAUGGGAAACCACGAAAUGGAUCAUCUACAAAAUUGCAGAUGGAGGCCCACCUGCCAUGGACCAUACUGCCAAACUUGAGCCGACUGCCAACGUGAUCUGGCCGGAGAGCACCUCUCUCAAGGACUUGACAAAUGCGCCCAUUGUAGCUCAUCGACUCCGUCAGUCAACACCGCUACGUGAGACAUUGGAGAAUUCGACAUCCAUCCCAGAGUCGAUAGACCACGAGAAGAUCGCCAUCCAACGAGCAAUGGGCCAAGUAUGGCGCACUCUCGGGGUUUUGAUCGUCAGGGCGGCCGAGGACUCUACCGCAGAGGCCGCCAUCAUGUCUCACGUGCUGGAAAUCAUAGCAUACCUUCACCAUACUGGUUGGAUUCCAGACUCUGUUUACUAUGACUCUCCCGCACCGCAAGAUCACGCUCUUCAACAGCCCCCAACGUUGCAUCUUCUAUCUUCUACUAUCAUGAGGGCUCUGUCGGACGCGGCUAUGACGGCGCGCGAGGCUACCGUUAAAGAUCCCAGAGAGAAGCUGAAUGCGUCAUACUUCCUAGGCCGUGAGAUACCCGGCUCGCGCUACAAGGUUCACGUAUCCGGACUGACGCCUGAGCUGUGGCUUGAGUUGCUCUUAUGGUCCUGCGUGCACGGUCCCUGGGUGCUGGAUGGAACGGCAAUCCUGGAGCAUAUCCUGUCGAAGCAAGGAAAUGAAGCCUGGAGGGUGAUGGACUCACGUCAGCUCUAUCACGAUGAAGAGACAGCCCCUGCUACAUCGUCUCCAUCAAGCGGUUGGCGCAUAUUCGGCCGAGGGGCCGGCAACAACUCCAACCCCGGGGCUCUGGCGCGGACUCGCAAGACUAUCAGUAGCGAGGCAGUGACUGCAUACAUUGACGGCUUAGUCAACCUGAUGCGCCUGGGUGUUGGCGAUCGUGGCACUUCCCCCGAGGAUCUGGUAGAUCAUAUAAGGAAGCUAAAAGGGUUGCUAGACCGAGAUGGCCAUAGUCUAGGUUCUGCCACCUGGGACUCCAUCAUCGUUCGUUUUCUCGAGUCAGGAGGCGUGGUUCCCGAGAAGAGACCGGAGGUUAUGUUCGCUCUGGCAAACCUUGCAGCUGAUUUUGGCACAGAGGUGGCUUCCGUCAAUGCUGUACCCAUUCCCGGAUCGCACGGCAAGGCUCCUUAUUAUUUUGAGCCAUCUACUAUAUCAAUCAGCGUUCUCCAUAGGACCAUGCGCUCGUUCAUUGAGAAUGGAGACAUCACGGGGGCUACAAAGACAUUAGAUCGCCUCGUACAGCAUACUGACUGCAACAAACAGCGAUCUCUUGAACAAUUCUUUGAGGCGAUCAAAGUAGUUAAACGGCAACGGGAUGGACUCUUCACCAGCUUAGCACCACCGAUUGACUUCCCAGCUUUCGAACCUCAGGUCCCGGUGCCGCUUUUGGCGAAAUUACUCGACCUGGCCACGGUGACAAAGUCGUUCCACCUAGGGCGUUGGCUACUGAUGUCGGAAGACUUGGAUGGACCCCUCAUCACCGCCGACAUGUAUGCUCAUCCGGACAUGGCGGCAUCGAUUGUUCAUUUUGGGACAAUGGCCGGCGAGAAUGACCUAGUCAUGAAGGUUCUCAAGCGAACAGGCUUUUGGAGCGGCAGUCAACAAGCUCAUCGGAUACCGAAUAGGCUCCUGACAACCUUGCUGCAAAGUCAGGUACAGCUGCACCGGUGGGAGAAGGUUCGGAGCAUGCGAGACUUCGUCGCUAGCAACCCUGCGUACCGGCCCAGAACCUCGGUAUUAGCUACCUUUGCCGCAGAACUUGUUCGGCUCUCUCCAGAAGAAGUGGCUUUAGAAGACUCUCUGAAGAGGCAGGCUUGCGAAGCCUUCGCCGAUCUUCUGUUCGCCUGGGAGGAGUUGCUCCUGACGCACUCGAGUGACGAUCUUUAUUGCAUCCUGGCCAUGCUCUCCACGGUUGACGAUCAGUGGAGGGAAUACUGUGUCCAGUUCCUCCAAGGUGCGCGAAAGCAUGAAGUGAAGCUAUCCACGGCGGACUUCAACACGUUGCUCGCUGGGGUGCUCGACGGCUACGAUAGCGUCAGGGGGAAGAGCUUGGUGGAUACUUGGUGUCACACGAUGUCACAAGGCCAGAGUCCAAACAGAGCGCCAGGUGGGAUACCCAAGAUGCCGCGGUUUCGCAAGAGUAGAGCAGAUGAUUUGGAAAACCGACCUGAAGAUAUACAGGUCGGAGAUGGAUCCGGGGCCGAGCUAGUAAUGCAGGGGCGAGUGCAUGCCAACCGACAGACGAUAUGGGCGAUUUUGAUGACAUUGUCCGACAAUUGGGCGGCCUUGGUGACGUGUUUGCCGAACUGCUUCGUGGACCGUCAGUAG